AUGAGUUUGGGUCAUAGAGUGGCUCCCAAUCUUUUCUCUGAACCUUCCCAGAGAGCUGAACCUUGUUUGGAUUGCAAAAGGGAAAUUAUAAACUCACAUGCAAUGUUCCAAUGUGGGUAUACUUUUCACAUUAGUUGUUGCAAUGCAUCUUCAGUCCGCAAAGAACGAUGUUCAGAGUGCCGAAGCAAUGUUAUCGAACAGCUUGAACAACUCGGUUGGAAAAAUAUGAGUAAAGAAGAAAGAUUGUUAGCUUUUAUACAUGAAGUGUCAACUGAAGUGAUGGAAAUUGAUAGCAAUUCAUCAGAAGCCGAUUCCAAUGCCAUCUAUUGCUAUUACGAAUUUGGCUUAGCACUAACCCUUCGUCUCAAUGAAUUAAUAGGGAAAGAGCAAAAGAGAGCACAACAUGCAUUAAAUAAAGAGGUUCAGAGUUAUUUACCACCUGGCACUUCUCUAGCUGUGGCAAAAGAUAAAAUUAAAAAGGCUAGAAAAAUGGUUAAACUUUUUAUUGAUGAUCCAUCUAGAAUUCAAUUUGUUCGUUCAUUUUCUGUAGACCAGCUCUCGACUUUUAAUGAAGACGAUAUCAACUUUAUAAAAUCAAAAUUACCAAAGCCUGGAGCACCAUGA